AUGAGUGAUUACUCCUUGAAACAUUCGGUCACCCAGUAUUUGGAAGAAAUUCCUCAACAGGUGCAAAACAGACUAUACACCUCGCCAGCCACAUGUUUGGCCAUCUAUAGAAUUUUACCGCCAUUAGCCAAGUUCUUCAUCAUGGCCAUGGUUUUCAACGAGAAUGAAGUUCCUCUAUUGGAUUUAGAUAAAUGGGUUAACUCGAAUGGUAAACUGCAGUUCCAAGAUGCAAUCAAAUCAAUGAAGUCUUUACAUCUACUUAUACCAGACAAGUCAUCUGGCACUUUGAUGAUCAACCUGAAUCCAACAUUUAAAAUUAGUCUAAGAAAUGCAUUGACGGGCGGCGAGGUUCAAAAUUCAUUUGGUGUUGUCGUAGAGGAUAAUGUAAUUAGCUUGGACUUAUUAGACGAAUAUUCGGCCAAUAAAUGGGAAACAAUAUUACACUUCAUGGUAGGAACUCCUCUCGCUAAAAUUCCGUCAGAAAAAGUUUUAAAUCUUUUAAAGCACAGUAAACUUAUGGAAGAAGUGAAUUCCACGGGGGAGUUCAAAAUCACUAAUGAAGGUUUCCAAUUUCUUUUACAAGAAAUUAAUUCCCAAUUAUGGACUUUAUUAUUACAGUAUUUAAAAAUGAUAGAAACGUCUAAAAUGGAUCUAGUCGAUGUAUUACAUUUCAUUUUCAUGUUAGGCGCGCUAGAAGUUGGUAAGGCUUACAAAAUCGACGCAUUGAGUGAAACACAAAGGAUCAUGUUGCAGGAUAUGAGAGACUAUGGUCUGGUUUUCCAGAAACAUUUAAAUGACAGCAUUUUUUAUCCAACCAAACUGGCAUUAAUGUUAACAUCUGAUACCAAAACAAUUAUAUCUGCCUCGAAUGCGAUGGAUAGCGUAUUAAGACAGAACAGAGAAGAACCCUCAGUGAAUGAAGACGGCGCCAAUGGUAAAUCGACAACGGAUACUACUGCAUCCGACGAUUUAAACAAGGCUGGUUCAAAAAAUCAAGAUAUACCGGAUGGUUCAUUGAUCGUGGAAACAAAUUUCAAGAUUUACUCAUAUUCUAAUUCUCCCUUACAAAUUGCUGUUUUGUCUCUUUUUGUUCAUUUAAAGGCAAGGUUUGUCAAUAUGGUUUUGGGCCAAAUAACAAGAGAAUCCAUAAGGAAUGCACUAACCAACGGUAUCACUGCAGAUCAAAUCAUUGCAUAUCUAGAGACGCAUGCUCAUCCUCAAAUGAGAAGGUUGGCUGAAGAGAAGUUAGAAAAAAAACUAGAACUGGACCCCAACUGCAAAGAGCCUUUACAAGUUUUACCCCCAACUGUUGUUGAUCAAAUCAGAUUAUGGCAAUUAGAGCUGGAUAGAGUCAUCACAUAUGAAGGUUCAUUAUAUUCUGACUUUGAAACUAGUCAAGAAUACAACUUACUAAGCAAAUAUGCUCAAGAUAUUGGAGUUUUGCUAUGGAAAGAUGACAAAAAGAAAAAGUUUUUCAUUUCAAAGGAAGGUAAUUCUCAGGUAUUGGAUUUCGCAAAAAGAAAGCUCAAAAAGAAGCAACAAGUAUAG